AAAAACCUCAGUGUGCCUGUGCUGUGUGUUCUCCAGCCAACCUUUCCACCUCAGUCUUGCUUGCUCCCAAGAUUCUUCCGUACUUUGCCCCCCUCCUCCACACCGUCUAGAUCUCCCCCAACUCCACCGUAAUCCGGACGAAUCGCGCGCGUGCUCUUGCUUUCCUGUCGUCCUCCGCGGCCGCCGCGAGCUGCCGGUGGUUCGUUCGUCGCCGUCGACCUCGCCUCCCCGCUCCUCUGCACUGCCAGCUGCUGGCUCCCUGGUGCUGGACUGGAUUGGUGCGGCGUGGAGUCGUCAGUGGAGCUCCAUCUAUCCGGACUGACUCGGAUCGACCGCUCCUCUCUCGGGUAAGCGACUCGAGCUUUGCCUUGCCUCUGUUGGAGGUUGGAGCUCGCCUUGUCCUUGGGGACCUUUCUCUCCCGUCUGCGAGCGUUCAGGUUUUGGAGUUUGAUCAGUUCUAUCAGAGGAGUGCUUAUGGAUGAUUGCAUGGCUGUAGCUUGCUAGGCCCUGCUUUCCUGUUUGUAGAGAUACAUCAUGGCACCACGCAGUAGGGCUUCAUCUAGAAGGCCUCUCUGGAUCAUUGUCUUGGUCGCUUUUGUUUGUGCAGUAGCCCUUGGAGCCUAUCUUUAUACUCCACGGCAUUACACAGCCUGUUAUCUGGUACCAUCAGAAGCCUGCAAUUCUCGGCCGCCUCCAGAACCUGCUAGGGUAUACACUGAUGAUGAGAUUGCUGCUCGUGCUAUCAUGAGAGACAUCAUUCGGGCACGGCCAGUGCAGUCAAAGAAUCCAAAAAUUGCUUUCAUGUUCUUGACACCCAGUUCGUUGCCAUUUGAGAAGCUAUGGGAAAAAUUCUUCAUGGGUCAUGAAGACAGAUACACCAUAUACGUGCAUGCAUCAAGAGAUAGACCAAUUCAUUCAAGUCCAAUAUUCGCUGGCAGGGAUAUUCGAAGUGAAAAGGUGAUCUGGGGCACGAUUUCUAUGGUUGAUGCUGAAAAGAGGCUCUUGGCUCAUGCUCUACAAGAUCCUGAAAACCAGCAUUUUGUCUUGCUUUCUGAGAGCUGUGUGCCACUUCAUAACUUUGAUUAUAUAUACAGUUAUCUCAUGGAGACAAACGUCAGUUUUGUUGACUGUUUUGAUGAUCCUGGUCCACAUGGAGCAGGUAGAUAUUCUGACCAUAUGCUACCUGAAUUUGUGAAGAAAGAUUGGAGAAAGGGUGCACAGUGGUUUACAGUAAAACGGCAGCACGCAAUUCUUAUUCUCGCUGACACCCUUUACUAUGGGAAGUUCAAGCGUUACUGUAAGCCAGGAAAUGAAUGGCAUAACUGCUAUUCAGACGAGCACUACUUGCCAACUCUCUUUAAUAUGGUUGAUCCAACGGGAAUUGCAAAUUGGUCAGUGACGCAUGUAGAUUGGUCUGAAGGGAAAUGGCAUCCUAAAGUCUAUAGGGCUGUGGAUACAAGCUUCGAGUUGCUCAAGAACAUCUCGUCCAUUGACGAGAGCGUCCACGUAAGCAGCAAUGCAAAGCAUGUAGCACAGAGGAGGCCGUGCAUGUGGAAUGGCAUGAAGCGGCCCUGCUACCUGUUCGCGCGCAAGUUCUACCCUGAGGCACUUGACAACCUGAUGAACAUAUUCUCGAACUUCACCAUCAUCUGAGCAGUGGAUCAGAGGCGCCAGCUCUCAUUUUCUUUCCCCCUCUUGAGCGCUGUUGCAUCAGCAACAGCGCCACCAUUGUAACAGGUGAGUAGUGUAGGGCCGUCUACUUGCUGAUGGAAUCCAGUAGCUGAAGCUGAAGGAGGCAGGAACACAGUUACGCAGAGCACUCAAUUCUCUCAGACCAGAAUUCAGAUCACGCCACCUGCUGCCGCACUCGUGUCACGCUCUAGUAGAUUGCUGAUGAUGGCUGAGUUAGGUUAUUUGCCAGCAACGGCAAGUUUUUGCUGGUGUAAACAUUGGCUAGGUUGGUGUGAAUGAAAUGUAUGAACUUCUGUUGUUGUUGAUGCUGCUGCUGAAUUGUGAUUAAUUUAAAAGUAUGUAGUAAUAAUUAAUAAUAGCUUCAGCUGUUUUUUUA